GAGUUUCCACAAAUCAUCGUGUCCCCCGAGAGCAAACUGUCGUUGGUGUUGUUGUUGCGGUUGUUCAAAUGGCUAUCAAUAUUUUUAUUGCUGAAGCCGAAGAGGAGAGUGAAAUCUGUACAUCUGUGCAGCGAGGUCGCGUGCCGCCAUCGCAACCGACCGGCCUCCCAUACGGCCAGUACUCGAUACCGAACGGCGACGCCGUCACCGGUUUCAACGGUCACUCGUAUCUAAGUUCCUACAUUUCGCUGCUGCUGCGGGCGGAACCGUACCCUACCUCCCGGUACGGCCAGUGCAUGCAAACCAACAACAUCAUGGGCAUCGACAACAUCUGCGAGCUGGCCGCCCGGUUACUGUUUUCGGCGGUCGAGUGGGCCCGCAACAUCCCCUUCUUUCCGGAUCUCCAGGUGACCGACCAGGUCGCACUGCUGCGGCUAGUCUGGUCGGAACUGUUCGUACUCAACGCCUCCCAAUGCUCAAUGCCGCUGCACGUGGCGCCACUGCUAGCCGCCGCCGGACUACACGCAUCCCCAAUGGCCGCCGACCGAGUGGUCGCCUUCAUGGAUCACAUCCGGAUAUUCCAGGAACAGGUGGAGAAGCUCAAGGCGUUACACGUCGACUCAGCCGAGUAUUCCUGUCUGAAAGCAAUAGUUCUGUUCACAACAGGUAAAAUGCUGGACUAUCUCUUCGGGGAUGUUCACGCACUGCUCGCUAAAAUCAGCUCAUCACUCCAAACCCUGCAAUCCGAAUCCGACCUCAUCCACCUGGUACAGAUGCAAAUGUACCACUCCUCCUCACAGCUAUCCGGUAGCACUAACACCACUAACAACACUAGCCUUUCACCAAACAGUUCACUAAACACUACUAGCAGCGGAAACUCUUCGCUUAACAACCUGUCCGGGUCUUCGACGAAUUCGCUAACGGUGGCAAACGGUUCCUCCAAUACGUCGGUCUCACUAGCUUCCCCCUCGAUUACCACCUCAACGGAACCCGCGGCCACCGUUAGCUCCAGUUCGGCGACCCCUGUAAAUAACAACAACGACGAGAAAGCCGCAAACCAAAAUUUGUCUGAAAGUGGUCUACUGGCGGCGUCCAACGUCGGAGCACUGUUCGGUAGCAGUGCUCAGCAACAGCAACACCAAACGUCCAAGACGCCUCCGCUACCGGCUUCGUUGUUCAACUUCCAAGCGACCCCGAAUCGGUCCUACCACGGAACGUUGGAUGACUUCGUAAAUCUGGCCAGCAGUAGCCCGUACGGCGUCGGCAGUUCGCCUUUUGCAGCGGCUGCUGCCGGGUUUGGUACCGGAGGUAUCUUCAGUCCCUAUGCUAACGGUAGUCUGUCCGGGGCCAGUGGUCCCAAGUAUCUUAGCCACGGUGCCGGUAGUUCCGAGUUCAAGUUCUCACCGUACAGCCCCUGGAGGCGGUAGAAUAACUCCUCUUUUGAAGGAUGUGUUUGUGUGCUAGUUUCUUAGCUUUAGCCUUAGAUCUCCCUAGAGGGUGUUACGACGGUUCGACUGACGUACUUGAAGCGUUGUAUCACUAUUAAUACAACCAUUCUAUAUAGUUGGUGUAGAUGUAAAAAGUGUACCUUAUUAGUCGUUAGUGUAUUUAUUUAUUUAUUUAACUUAUUCGUUACCUGAUAGUUAGUAGAUCGUUAAUGUGGGCAUCGUGUAAAUUCAUCUAAGAAAAAAGUUAAAUAAAUCUCUG